AGAGAGAAAGCGUCACAUUACACCAACCGCGUUUCCAUGAGAAAGCAAGCAGCCGAGAGCCGAAAAUGAUUCGGUUCUGACAGGCCGUCAAACUUUGGAUGUACUUUGAUUUGCGUCGUCAAUUGUUUUUGAAUAGUUGGUCUGAAAGUAUUGUAUUCGUAGUGUGAAAGGGAUCAACAAGUAACGUCAGUUGGAAAACUCGGAGAAACACGCCAUCCUCAUCGGAUGGACAAAUCCACGAUGAUAGCCAUGGUCCCUAUUCUCUUUGCUUUGACUUUUUUGGGUCAUGGGGCAGCAGAGCUCGGGUUUGCAGGAGACCUCCAGAACCGCACAGCCAGACAGAUGAGCUGCAUGGAGAACCAGGAGUACCCGCACAACAGCUUCUGCUGCAAGAACUGUGAAGCUGGCACUUAUGUGAAAGAGAAGUGUAGCAGGGACCAGGAGAAGGGCAUUUGCUCCGCGUGUGAGAAGGGCACGUAUGCCGAGCACCCCACAGGCAUGGAGCAGUGUCUGCAGUGUAGCCAGUGCCACAGAGAUCAGAUCAUGGUUGCAGAUUGCACCAGCACAAGCAACACCAAGUGUGAAUGCAAACCUGGUUUCUUCUGCCUGCCAGACGAGCCGUGUGAAGUGUGCAAGAAAUGCACCAGGUGCAAAGCUGAUGAGGAAGAAGUGAGCCGUUGCACUGCGACAUCCAAUACAAAAUGCAGGAAGCGCACCUCUUAUCCGACUGAAGGUCCAACAGACAAGCCAUCGGCAUCAAACAAUACUAAUCCUAUAGCGGUUGUCAUACCAAUUGUGGUUCUUCUGAUCAUAUUGAUCCUGCUUGGAAUAUUUUUAUGGAAGAAACGUCAACGUCAUCAAAGUGACACUGCUGGUGAUUUGAAAGAAGUGAAGAUUCCCAUUGACGAGUGCCCAAGAUCAGAAGAGGAACAAGAGAACAGCCGCAAUGCCGGAUUAGAGAGGGAGGAGGAGCAUCGCCCAGAGUCCCGCCCCUUGUUGACGCAAGAAACACAGGAAACGGGUAGCAAGAGCAUACCUGUGGAGGAUGAAGACCGGGGAUUGGGCGACAGCUUGCCGAACACAACCAGCUCUUCCCAAACCAGUCUGUCUGCUCUACCUCCUGCGGUCUACAUGGAGGAUUCGCCUCGAUCGAGUCCCCCGGCCCCGAGGCAGACGGAGAGAGAUACAGAGUCAUGGGCGAAGGAUGAUGGUCCUCCCAGAAAACUUGUUCCUGUACUUGGUGAGGAGGAGUCUCUGAGCAAGAGUUUCGACCUGUUUGACACCCUGGACGUGCGGUACCACAACAAGUUCUUCCGGAGCAUCGGCGUGAGCGACAACGCCAUCAAGGUGGCCGAAACACAGCAUACCAUUGACAAAGUCUACGACCUACUGCGGGUGUGGAUGCAGAAAGAGGGCCUGCGGGCAAACAUUAACACGUUACUGCAAGCUCUUCUGGACCUGGACCAGCGGUAUUCAGCAGAAUACAUCGCCUCCAAGGCUGUUGAACGAGGCUACUACAAAUAUGAAUGAUGCCUUUUCAAGACUACAAGACAGUUGUUGAGUAAAAGAACAAAAUAAUUGAGAGGUGUAGAUUCCUUUUGAAUUCUCUCCAAUGGGCCUGUGGGUCUCAUUGAAUGAACUUGAUCUCCCGUCACGGAGAAAUUGGUGAAUCGCCUCUAUGUAGCGCCCAGCCCACGGUGGUUUUAGAAGCCAACACUGGACCCUUUUUUAGGGAUUUACACUGGCUAGCAGUAGAGGGCGCUGUGUUCCCUCUAAACUAUGCAUUCUAGUGUUACUUGAUGCACUGGCCUCAGUGCAUUGUCGAUGAACUCAACUCAGUUACAAAUGAACAAAAAUAUGCCUUAAGACGAGCUGUGGGUUUUGAAUUUCAGAUGUACCGUUAUGUCAGCAGUUUAGGGUUACAUUUGCUGUUUAGAACAUUCAUUUUACUUUGGUUGUUACAGAAUAUCUCGUAUGCUAGGCUGCCCUCGAAUUAUGCCAGUCUGUGAAAGGUGAUUUCUGUCCCUCCAUGCCU